CACUUCACGCCCGUGACAUCAGACCAAAAUGCAACGUUUUGGCCGAUUUCAGUCAGACUUCAUGGUUAUGGUUAAUUUUCACGAUCUCGAGACUGUGAAAAACCUUCAGCCCUCGAGAUGGACGAAACCUUUCGGGACUUAGCGAAGUUCAAACCAUGACUUUGGACUUUUCUUCACUUUUUGGCGCUUUUUGGCUCCAAUUGUCUCAAAACUUAUCCUCGACCUUCCCACACGUGCCAAGACCUAAAAUGUAACAAAAAAGCACAAUCUAGCGUAAAAUAGGUCGAGGGACAGUGAUAUACUAAGCAAAACGAACAAGAAAUAAGGGGUAAAAUGUGUACAAUUGGACCCGAAUCAAAUCCUAAGUCGAAUGGCUAAGAGAGUUAGGCCACCUAGUUAAUUGUUGCUAUCCUUAACUGGUAGACUAAGAGAGUUAGGGUUUCCUAACUUGUUGCACUCGCUUCAUAGUUUAUAUAUACAUCCUACAAACUAGAGUUUCGUUCAUUGUUUCUUAAUACGAGACUAGGGGAGCAAUACCCGAGUCAAUUCUUCUCUUAUUGGGACAACCUCGAUUUACCUUACUUGAAUUCUUUAUUUUGUAGUUUUCCUAACUUGUUGCCUCUUUGUUUUGUUUUGUUUUGUGUUUUGAUUGACCCACUCUUCGUCUUGAAGGGUGGUUUGUGUGUGUUUGAUUUUCAUUUUUUAGUGUUUUUGUGUUAGUAGGUAUUGGAUCAUGGAUCCUUAUGAUUUCACCCAGGUGUGGGGGUAUCCACCACCAUCCGAGUGUGGCUACCCCAAAACUUCAUGGGAUGAUCAAAAUUGGGGAAGUUAAGGAUCCUGAUUCUACUACCAACCUCCCUUCCAAGAAGAGCAACCAUGCUCAUGCGGAUAUCAAGAAGCUUCCCCAUAUCAAGAGGGUUUCCCUCCACAACUCAGGGUGAAAUCCAAGCUGGAGUUAGCCAUGGAGGCUUUCGUUGGACAAACCUCAAGACCAUAUGCCACUCCACAACCGGAGCAAAAGAGCGAAUUAGAGCUCACGGUGGAGAGAUUUGCCCAGGGCACCGACAAAGGGUGCUCUAGCAUGGACCUCCCAAUUGCCGACCCUUUUGACUCAGCCUUUUUACGGGAAUCGUAGGAGCUCCUUCGACACACAUAGAGUCUAGGAGGGUUUGUUGAGAAAUCAUGUGCACAACUUGAUCACAAUCUCCUCCCGCAAUUUGAAGGAAGAGAAGAAUUCGGAGAGGCGAGCCCAGAGAACUUUGGAAGGACGAGCUCCAGCAUGGAUAUCCAACCCCUCCUUCCUUGUUUGACACUAGAAGAGAAGGUGGCACGAGCUUGUGCACGCCAUCGCCUCUCACAAUUGAAAGAAUAAGUGAAGGUUGGAGGGGAGGUCAAUGCAGACUAUGUGGAACGAGAAGUACUCAUCCGGGGGAGCUCCCAUGGUGAGGAUGAUCGAGUGUCUAUUGGCGACUCUCAUCACUUUCCCUUUCCUGAGACCAACUUUGAAGACCAAGUCAUGAGGGAAGAGAAGCAAGAGAAUCCCUUCUAUGAUCUUGCAUGGAAUAUUGCCCUCCAAACCGUUCUAGAAGACACAAAUGGGAAGGUGAGAGAAGAGCGAGAGGAAGAGAGAAGGAAGUUCAUGGAAGAGGAAGUGAAAAUUGAAGAAAGGGAAGAUCUUGAUUGUUUCCAAGGGGAGGAAAUUGUGGAAGCUGGAAGAGAGGUUGAGGAAAAAGGAGCAAGUGUGUCCAAAAUGAGGACGAGGUCGAGGUGGAUGAAGCAUCCACGAGUUACAAGUGUUACCAAUGCUUUCUACCCGACCUUUACGCGCUUCUCGAGAAGGACCCAUUUGAGGCUCUUUGCCAAGCCAAGGACAAACCAUCGGCAAUCCCUCUUGGUGGAUGCGAUGGAAGUCUCGAUGAUUUACUACAUGGUGUGGGGCAAAGAGAAAGAAGAAGAAAAGAAGAAGAGGUCUCGUGGGUGGAGACUCGAAGCUACUCAAGUUCGCGAGCCCUCAAUCAUGGACUCGUUCAAUGCUUGUGACUUGAUACUUCAUCUCAACGACGAGAACCUCAAAUUCAAGAAGGGUUUUGGGUGGACCGAAACUUGAAGAGCAACCGCCCGGCUCACGACGUUAAAGAAGCGCUUGUUGGAAGGCAACACAACAUACGUUUGUUCAUUUUUAUGUUAAGUACUAUUAUUGUGUAAUAACUGAUAACGAUGUAAUUGCACGUAUUUGCACCCCUAGUUCUUAUCCGUUUGAGGGGCAUAGUCGUGUAUUUUGGCCUAUUUUACGCCGGGUUGUGCUAUUUUGUCAUAUUUCAGGUCCCAGGCGUCAAAGGAAAGGCUAAGCACGAGUUUCGGGGCAUUCGGAAGUCAUUUCGUCGAGCUGGAGCCAAAACACGGGCACACCUAAAGCAGAACACGGCCGUGUUCCUAGGCCGUGCUUUUACUGCCGAGAGCUGAUUUGAGUUUGAAAAAGAAAAAGAAAAACACUGGCUGAAAACACGGGCGGGGUUGAGAGAAAACACGGCCGUGCCCACCAAAAGCACGCCCGUGUUUUACCCAACAGUCUGGCCGUGUAAUUAACCCUUGGCAAAACACGGGCGGGCUGAGGCAAAACACGGCCCUGCCCUCGACCGUGUUUUGCCUAGUGAUGCCCUUUUAAGCAUAUUUCAGCCAAAACAAAAGGGGAUUCGAGUUUUAGAGAGAUAGAGCGAUUCCUAGAGAGAGAAAGCGACGAACAAGAGUCUCCAAGUGCCCUAGCUUGAUCUUCAAUACCAUUGGAGGCUAGGGAUGGCAAUGGGUCGGGUCGGGGGCGGAUAGUGCAUAUCCGUUACCCUACCCAAUGUAGUUCGGGUUUUACCCAUACCCGUACCCACACGAAAAACAGGUAGAAAAUCAAAACCAUGCCCAUACCCGUUCGGGUUUCGGGUAUCCACAGUUAUCCAUGGGUAAUAAUUUCUCCUUAUAAUUCCAACCAAUAUGUUAACAUUCACACGUAUAUUCACAUUACGUAAGAGGAAAAGUACGACAAUAAUUCACUAGAAUGACGAAAAUUAAUUAAAACAACAUAAUUUCAUGAAAAUAUUAUAAUUAUAUGCUAAAUAUAAAAUAUUUUAGGGAAAAAUAAUGAUUAUUUUUAGACAAAAUACAUAUGCAUGUGUAUAAUCGGGCGGGUUCGGGUUGGAUAGUGAGAUAACCAUGCCCACCCAUUACCCGCAAUAUUCGGGUUCGGGUUUUACCCGUACCCACGAAAAAUGCUUCGGGUUCGGGUUUUACCCUACCCGAUUAGGUCGGAUUCGGGUGGAUAUCCACGGUUACGGAUAUUUUUGCCAUCCCUAUUGGAGGCCAGCUUGAGCUUGGAGAAGUGCCGAUCAACGUCCAGGAGCAGGAAUCCAUCCUUCACAGUAUGAAUUCCGCGUCUGAUUCUGCUUUUGCUUCUUUCUCCAUGGAGUAGUUCUCCCAUUCAUCUGGGUAUGGAGAACCCUAGAUUUGUAUGUUAGGUUUGAUUGUAUGAACCCAAGUACUGAUUCUAUGAUUUGAUUAUAUUCAAUUGAGGUUUGAAUGAUUGAAUGGCAUGAAUCCUGAUCAAAUUCCUGUUGUUUCUGCUUUAACCUAGAAUGAGAAUAUCUGCCUAGGUUGAUAGAGCAUCCUUGAUUGAAGGUAGGGAGUUGGUGACUUUAGUCGAGGAGCCAACUCACUAUUCUGUACCGAAUUCACUUCGGUAGUGGAGGUUUUGUUGUUAGGGCCUCAAUCUGUUUACUUCGGUGGAGGUUAGUCGCCCGCUAGAGACUCAGAUUGAGAGGGUCUGAAGACCUUUAGUCGAGACUUCAGGCUGUUUAAGAACCUUCCGCAGUAUAAUGAUCAUAGAAACUGAACUUGGUAAUUGCAAUCCGGCUUAACUGCAGUCUAGGGGGAACCAUAUCCGGGUGACCUCUCUUAACCUGAAAACAACCGUUUACUUGCUUUGUUUGUUUGUUAGUUUAGACUUGCAUUAAAGUUUCAUUGCUAGA